AUUCUUAUAAAUUCUAUUCAAUUGGCAAACUCACACCCCGCCCAUGACUUCACCUUCUUGUCACCCUUUCAACUUCAUCUUAUUCCAAAUCCCAGAGUAAAAAAUAUCAAAUCAUGCAUAGAGUUAUAGCAGAAACUUCUCUAUUCCUCCUCCUCCUGUUUUCAUUAGGUAACCUAGCUUCAGCCACAAUGUUCACCAUCGAAAACCGUUGCAGCUACACGGUCUGGCCCGGAACCAUCGCCGGCAAUGGCGCCGCCGUUCUCGGCGACGGCGGGUUUCCCCUACCGACGGGAACGUCCGUCCGACUCGCAGCUCCGGCGGGCUGGUCGGGGCGGUUCUGGGGCCGAACCGGCUGCAACUUCGACGACGCCGGAAUCGGAAAAUGCCUUACCGGAGACUGCGCCGGCGGGAUGAAGUGCACCGGGGGAGGCGUGCCGCCGGUGACGCUGGCGGAGUUCACGAUCGGAACCGGGUCCGCCCAGGACUUCUACGACGUGAGUUUGGUGGACGGUUACAACGUGGCGAUGGGGGUGAGGGCAACCGGAGGAACCGGUAACUGCCAGUACGCGGGGUGCGUUACGGACUUGAACGGUAAGUGCCCCACCGAGUUGCAGGUUACGGCGGAGGGAGGGUCGAUUGUGGCGUGCAAGAGCGCGUGCGCGGCGUUCAACGCGGCGGAGUUUUGCUGCACCGGUGAGUACUCGACGCCGCAGACUUGCAAGCCGACGCAAUACUCGGAGAUAUUCAAGAGUGCAUGUCCCUCGGCGUAUAGUUACGCUUACGAUGAUGCUACCAGCACUUGCACGUGCUCUGCCUCCGAUUACGUUAUCACUUUUUGUCCUAACUAAGUCUAACCUAGUCAUCACAUUAUCAUUCUCAUCAUUAUUUUUAUUGUUAUUAUUUCUUCCGUUGAUCCAACCUAAUACUAGUAGUAUGCAAUUUAAGCUGAUCAAUGUUUUCAGGACAUUACUUAAAGAAUUAAUGUAUAACUUUUUGGUUAAA